AUGUUUUCACAGAUUGUUCUUUUACUCAGUGCAUUUAUUUAUGUCGCCAGUGCUACGGCCAGGAGAGGGACCAUUAAGGGUCGCUUAGACUUAGCAGCAAGUAACAUCACCGGCUUUGUUUCAACUAGAACAAGUUUCAAACUUUAUCAGAUCGGCAAUUUUUCGACAGAAUAUCCUUACACAUCUACGACCAUGUUUCAAGAUGACGAAGGCAACUUUGAAUUCGCUAAUCUCCCUUUAAACGACGGUGUUAAUGAAACGACAUACUAUGUGAUGUACCCAGCAUCUAUGGACUUCAAUCUGAAGCCAAACAGAAUUCUUAUUGAAUUCAAGAAUUUAGAGAAUGGCACCUUACAAUUGAACGCGUUCAAGAACUUUUUUGGAAGAGAAUAUUUCCCAUCCAAAGAUAUAACGUACCCAGAAAAAUUACAAUCUAUGAAGGUGCACCCUUAUAUUACAGUGGAGCUUUUACAUAAGGCCCCGAUUAGAUCUUAUUUACAGGCUAGAAACGUCAGUAUCUUUUCUACAGGUAUUGUGGGUAAUAUUUUGAACUCACGUUGGAAACUGGCGGGCGUUAUUACCUUAAUUGCCCUUGUCGUUUUCCCAAUCAUAGUAGAAAAGUUGGACCCCGAAACAGCUCGAGCCAUCAGAGAGGAGGCAAAAAGAAAACAAAGAGAAAAGUAUGCUGCCGUUGCCUCAAAGUAG